AUGAGCUUACUUACGGAGAACAGUGAUUCUGAUUAUUCCAGUCACUGUGUAUCUUGCGCAGCAACUAUUUGCCCUGAGGCUCCUUGGAUGGCAAGGUACCGAGUAUUAUAUCGGACCAGAAGCGGAAUCCAACUGUCAGGUGUUAAUAAAACCAAGUUUGACUGGGUGGUUGAAGAAGCGUUCGGUGAUCCUAAUAAACUUGAAUCUUGGUAUUUCAUGCACAUAGAAAAGCCCCACAAGGCUUUCUUAGUCCAUGAGAGCUGCUGGUCUCUCUUGGUCCAGCAAUUUGAAGGGGAGGAUAUUGAUUUAAACAGGCUUUUUGAAGUCUGUAAGGAAAUUCCUCCUCCGGGAAGACGAGACUAUUGGAACAACUGCGGGGAUCUCGGAUUGCGGCAUCAUUUUCGCCCUGCAAAACGACCCAUUAUCAAGGGACUUCAGGAUGCUGCGAGACAAUUCCCGAAGAUGCCGAAAAGACGAAAGCACUCUGGCUCGAAGAGUAGAGUUGUGCAUGACUCUGACUGCUUUAGCAUCCUGCCUCUCGAGAUACGAGUUCAAAUCGCAACUUAUCUUCGUACUGCUGACUUCCUAAGACUACGGCAAUCAUCCCGAGCAAUGGCAGUUGUGUUCGGAAUUGAAUCAUUCUGGAAGUCAAGAUUUUCACAGAAUGGAGAUCGUGGAUUUCUGAACUGCCUAGCAGAAAAUCCCAGAAAACGAUCGAUCGGUGUGAUGAGCACCUCUGGGCAACACGGCGACGGUGGAGAAAUAACCGAUGGCUAA